UUGGCGCCUCGUGGAAAAGGAGAACAAUUUGGUGCUUAGACUUAUUACUAAUAAUACAAAUAUACUUUAUUACAGUCAUGCGUUUUUCGUUCCGCGCACAUGACGAUUGAAACUACCGAUGGUGCAACGCAGUUGUAGAGGCUAUCUAACGUUAGCCAUGCUUGGGUCUAAGUUUCUAUUUCCGCUCGACAUUGGUGUUCUUCCUGGUUGUUGAUCUGGAUAGCAACAUUUCGGCCACGAGCAAGUUCCGACAAAAUGCAGGCGACGAUACAAAAUAACGUUUGAGCGUUAGAUAUUAUAACGCCUAUGUCGGCGUUUGCUUUUUAAAUAUCAAAGCUUCUCAUUUGCGAGGGAGGAUUCAUGCAAUGCGAUAUUCAUUUUGAUUAUGUCCAAAAUGCCCGACUCCUGUGCUGCAGCAAGCUGCAAGCAGAGUACGGACCAGUCCAACGUUUUCUUCUUCUUCAGGUUCCCGCUGGAUCCGAAUCGAUGUAAACAAUGGGUGAGCAAUUGCAGCAGACCAGAUCUGAAGAAUAAAACACCUGAAUAUUUACACAAGAACUACAAGUUAUGCUCAAAACAUUUUGAGACCUCUAUGUUACGUCAGCAAAGCACUGCUAAGCCUAUCCUCAAGGAUGAUGCAGUUCCUACUAUAUUUGACCAACCCACCAACAAGGACAAAGCAGAAAAUAGCAGCAGAAAGAGAACAAGAGAGAAAGCAGCAGAGGAGCCAGUUGUCGCAAAGAAAACUAAAGGUACUGCUGAUAACUCACAACGCUCUAUAAUAACAGCAGAGGAUACAGUUGAGAACGUCCCAGUUGAGAACGUCGAAAACGUCCCAGUUGAGAACGUCCCAGUUGAGAACAGCGCGACACACAAUCUUCUUGCACCUGAUGAAUCAGAGAAAGAGGAUCCUGCUAUUUCCAAAGUCAAGGAGACUUUGAAAGACUAUUUUAAAGAGACGUUAGCCUUCACUGGUUUCAACAUUGGCAGCAAUGCAAUUCCCAACUCUACCAAACCACUUGGGAGCGACCCAGCUGGCCCGCUCUCUGUCAAUACCAUAUGUGCAGAGAAGAUUGACCCGAAAGAAGUGCUCACCUUAGGAGAGGAUGUUAUGCAUAAGGAGAUUUGCAACAGUUUGCGCCUCGCACGCUUUUUCUCCAUACUUCUCCAAGACAAAAUACAAAUCGAAGACAAGGACCAGAUCCCUUUUUUUAUCCGUUUUGUCACAGCUGCAGGCUUCCCACACAAACACCUUGUGGGAUUUCUCCCCUGUGAUAUUGAUUCUGACAGUCUGUUUAAUAUGCUGAUAUCUGAGAUCAGCAACAAGUGGGGUCUGCGGAUGGAGCACUGUCGUGGAUUCACCUACCUUACGACAGGUAGCGUAUGUCAGAAGUUAAAAGAGCUCUCAUGCAGAAUGUUGAGGGAUUUUCCGCAAGUAGUGUUAGCCCCCAGUGAGCCCUAUGCCUUUAACAUGUGGUUGAUUCGCACUAUGCCCGUCCUUUCGAUUCAAGAUGUUAUUGAUACUUUAGAAGAGGUUGCCGCUGUUAUUAGACAGUCCGAGACUCUUGCAAGGAAACUUGAAAUCAAGAUCACUUCUUUAUACGGCCACAUCAAGGGUGAGGUGGACAGGGUCAAGGAUGCUUGCCAGAACCAUUGGGAAUACGCCACCGAUGCUUUUCAGACAAUGCUUGAUAUCUUGGAGCCAUUUUUGAACAGCAUUGGAGAGAUGUGCACCAGUUCUCUUUCAAAUGUGGAUGCAGACACUGUCGAAGUGCUUCUGAAGCUGAAAGACAAAAUGAAGAAUUUUAAUUUCAUUGUUACGCUUGUGGUCCUCAAGAACACGCUGUGUUGUGUAAGCAUCCUGAACCCCAGUCUCAGGGGAAUAAUCAGCAUCAGCAGCACCUUACAGUACACCAUCUCAAACGCCUUAAAGCUUCUCACCAAACAUUUACAGGAGAUUGCAAUUUUUCAUAGAAAGUGGUUCUCCGAUGCAUUGGGCAGGGCCAAGAAGUUGGGUGUGCCAGUCGGUAUGCCCGCGGAGUUGGUGACCAAUGGUGAAGAUGCAGAGAAACCCCAGAUCUCUUUAGAGGAUUACUAUAGGGAAACACUGAGCAAGAAAGUCUUGCAAUACCUUGCUGAUGAAGUUAAAAGAGUCUUAGGCACUGAAAUGGUAAGAAUCCUCAGAUGGUUGUCAUUGGUGCCAUCAUACAUGGCUGACCACAAUUUUAGCAUCCGCAAAGACAAAGUUGCUGAUGCCAACCUGAAUAACUUGGCUCGUCCUGACUCCUUCUAUGAUGAGCUGGGCUGCUGGGAAGUGAAAUGGAGACAUGCUAGCAAGCGAAGGAUCCUUCCAACCAAUGUGUUUGCCACCCUCAAGAUUCCAGAUAUAGGCUUUUACCCAAACGUGCAGAGCCUUCUCCGAGUGCUGGGUACCAUCCCUUGUGUCACUGCAGAAGCAGAUGUGUACGGGCAGUAUGAAAUGGUGUUGAACAGGUAUCACUCCUACAUGAAAGAAGUUCCUGUAGAGAAGAGACUGUGUAAUAUGGCACUUGUUUAUGUCAACCAAGAUGUACACUUCAACAUUGAGGAAAUGGUGGAUGCAUAUGUUGAGAAAUAUCCGGACAUUCUGCAGCUUUUGCAAGAGGUUGAUGCGAUGGAAGUCGAGCCAUCAGUACCAGAAACCAUUGCAAAUGAUACCGCUAAGGAUGACACAGAAGAACCAAGAGAGAUGACUUUAAGUAUGGAAACUGAGAGACCGAAACCACCAGAAUGUGCAGAAACGGAUAAAGAAGCAUUAAAAUCUGCUCUACAGGCAGCGGUCACUGCAGCCUAUGGCAGACAAAGCAAACACACACAGGGUGAUCAAGAAAUGGACUAUGUGACCAAAUCUGAAAUGAACGAAGUCCUGAAAGUGUGCGAAGAUGUUGUCAGAGAUAGAAUUAUAACAGAGGUUGGACGUUCGUUCUUCUCCCUGUUCAUUGACCGAGUUGUCAGACUUGGAGAAAUAGAGUACUUACCCAUGUUUCUCAGAUUUGUCGACAGUUUUGAUAUCAUGCGUCUUGAGCUUUUAGGGUUUGUAGAAGUCAGUCAUGACACUGACACCAUGUCCGAACGACUGUUUGAUGCUGUCACAAAAGAUUGGCGUCUGAAUUUGAGCAACUGCAGAGGUCAAGCGUACCUUGGCUCCGGCGAGGUGUCCUACAAGCUCAAAGCCUUUGCUUGUAAAAUACAGGAGAGGCAGCCUCUUGCUAUAUGCACGCACUGCUCAUGUUACUCUUUCAAUACCUGGUGGUCAAGGUCGGUCCCUGUAGCUGCGGUCAUCAGAGCCAUAGACACAUUAGAAGAGAUAGUGUCAUUUUUCCAAAGCCUGCCUUUCCUGGAAAAACAACUGGAUCAAGUCUUAGCCAUAGGCUUGAGAGAGAGCUAUGAGAAAAUCCACGAGCUUCAAGGAAAGUUCUGCUCUUCUUGGCUCGAGAAGCACGACUCUUAUGAAGUCUUUGCUCAGAUUCUAGAGCCCUUGGCAAUGUGUCUAGAAAAUAUCGAUGACUGCAAACCGCAGGGAUGGAGUUUGGCGGUUUCCAACCGGGCCAAGAAACUGCUUCAGUUGAUUCGGGACUUUGACUUCAUUGUGGCAAUUGUUGCGUUAAAGAAUGCCUCAUCGUUCACCAGAGAACUCAGCGCAGCACUGCAGAAAGACCAUUUUAGUGCUGCCUCACAGCUCUGCCAGAUUAGUGGGAUUUUGGCCACGCUCCACCGGGUGAAGACCAACAUCAAGGUUUUCCAUCAGAACUGGUUUGAUGAGGCUUGUGUCUUCGCUCAGAAUCUAGGUGUCCAGGUGAAAAUGCCUGAUAAUGUGGUUAUUCCUCGGGACAGUCUCUUAAAACCAGGUGUGUACUACAAAGACGCAAUGAGUGUCCCCUUGGUUGAUUACCUUAUAAACAUGGUAAAGGAUUAUUUCUCUGAUGACCACAAGGAGGCCCUCAACUUCUUGUCUCUGGUGCCGUGCUCCGUUACAAUGAGCUAUGUCUUUGAAACACUAAAGUUAAAACCUCCGUUGUACAUCGGUGACCUUCCAGACCCUGACAACUUCUUCACAGAGCUCAGCUGCUGGAAAGUUAAGUGGAAUACAAAAGUGGUUAGUGAAACUAUACCAGAAACCAUUUUCCAGACUCUUCGCCUGCCGCUCAUGCAGUACUUUUCAAACAUCAAUACCUUGCUGAAAAUUCUGUGCGUGUUGCCAAGCACAGCUCUGGAAUAUUGUGGUGAGGUGAAGCGGCAUAAAAUGUAUCAAGACUUCCUGAGCAAUACCUCUUCGAAGGACAGAUCGCCCUGUUUAGCCAUGCUACAGGUGGGAACUGACUUUAAAAGAGACCUUGACAAAAUGGUUGCUCAGUGCCUAAAAGUCACACCUAAGACCCUGGAGGGUAUAUGCCUGGACAAAGAAUCAAGAACUUUGGGACGGACUGUUGAGAUGAAAACAGAGGAUGACCACCAUAUGGAUGUAGUUGAGGUCACGGAAACUCUACAGGGAACAGACCCCAGCAUACCAGUGAGGAAUUCUGAGACAACAAACAGAGAAGCAGAUACUCUCACACAAGCUGAGAGUACAGACGGUCGACAUCAGUCUGAAGAUAUUGUUGAAGUGGUAAUUGUGGACCAACAGCUAAAGAACGAAGAAGAGACCAAUGCGAAUAAGAAUGGCCAUUCUGAUGAACCAGUGGACAACAUAAAGAACUGUGAAAAGGUGUUUAAACAGGCAGCUGUGCUUGCAAGGAGAAACUGCUCAUUGGUUGACCUCAGUAAAGAGGAGCAAGAUGCGGUGCUUCGGGACCUUGCUUCAUGUCAUUGGAUACAGCAGGAAGGGAUGUUGUUUCUAGAGGGAGAAAUGCUGCAAUGCAUUGUUAAGGCCAUAAGAGAACAAAUCCUCAGUGAAGUUCAGGACUCUCCGUUCUUUUCCAUCAUCACUGAUAGACCUAUCUCGGUGGGUGAAACAAAGUUCCUGCCCGUUUUUGUUAGGUAUGUCAAUGACUGCAUUCCUAAAGUGGAGCUGGUAGGGUUUCUGCCAUUUGAAGAAAGUUCUGAUGUAAAUUUGCAAGCUAAGGCCCUCUCAUCCACACUAGAGGCUGAGUGGGGACUUCAGAUGGGCUACUGCCGUGGCCAGUCCAUUAUGUGCAUUGGCACAGGAGGCCAGAGUCUCAGGAAGAUGGCUUUGGGCCUUUUGGAGAAUUAUCCGUUAGCAGUGAACACACCUAGUGAGUCUUGUGGUCUUGCCUAUUGGCAGGCGUUAAGCUUAAAAAAUUCCUCUGUUACUAAGGUUCUAGAGAUAGCUGAGGAUCUGUUACAGUUUUUCGACCAGUCACCUAAGUUGGAGAAUGAGCUUGCUAAGACAAUGGAUGGACUUCUAAACACCCCACAGGAAGCCCUGGGAGAGAUCCCAGAGACCUGCUUGUCCAGAUGGAAAAAGAGAGAAGAUUUUUUUGACAUCCUGGUGGACAUGCUCGAGGGAGCCCUAAACUGCUUGGAUUCUGUGAGCACCAACAACAGUGGGUCUUGGAGUAGUAACAUGUUGCUGCAUUCUCAGACUCUGUCCACAGCUAUCAGGCAGGUUGAUUUUGUCAUCCCUCUUGUGAUUUUGAAGAACGCCUGUGCUCCAUUGAGGAACUGUAGCACGGUGUUUCGCUGUGGAAACCCUGCUGACAUCGUCUGUGAGCUUGAGAAAAUUAUGCCAAUCAUAGAUUCUCUAGGCAAGAUGUUGGAAAAUGUGAGUGCAGUGCAUUCUACCUGGUUUGAGGAGGCAGUGGAACUUGCCGUUAAGGUCACCGGAUUGCUGUCAUAUCCAGAAUCCGUCAAUAGCUAUGAGUCACCAGAGGCAUUCUACAUGGAAACCGUUAGCUUACCAGUUCUAAAUGGGUUGAUUGAAGAAAUGAAGUUCAACUUCUCAGAAAAUCACCUGAAAGCCCUUAAAGUGUUGUCUCUGCUGCCAACCUGUAACCCUCUUCCCAUCCUUCCUGAAUCCACUGAAAAACUACACACUAUCUACCUGAGUGACCUCCCUGAACAAGAAACAGCUGAGGAAGACAUCAACACCUGGGCCACAGUGUGGAGGGAGAAGUACCAAGAUGUUUCUCCUCCUACCUCCAUCUCUGAGACGUUGCUCCACAGUGAAGCCAAACAACUUCCAAAUGUUGCUACGCUUCUUAAACUCGUGGCUGUGUUGCCUAGCAUUAGCAUGGAGUGUGAUCUAAUGAAAACAACUCUAAAUUCCUUGAGAACUUUACUCCGAGAUGGUAUCUUCAACAGGGGUAGUAAGACUGACGCAGUCAUGCUUCUGAUGCAUCGUCAGACGCUUCAAAGUUUGGAAGAGAUAAUUGAGAAAUGUAUGGAGAAUGAUCUAGAGAGUCAUCAAUUUCUUGCUCAGGCAAAAGCAAGAGUAAAUCAUCUGAGAAUGGAAAGUGAAGUGAUUGCCAUGGCUCCAAAGGAGAUUUCUGUAGAUGUGAAUGGUUCUGGUUAUUUUCAUGAUGCAAAGGAUGCUGGAACUGACGUGAACACUGCUCCUACCGAGGAAGUUCAAAUGGAAAAGAAUGGGUCUACUGAGAUACUUGAGGCUGAAGAACCAUCCACAAGGACACCUGACCCACAGUCAUCAUCAACUAUUGACACCUCUGACAAACCCGCAACAACGAUUCAGGUCAUCCCUGCUAGCAGCCCUCUACCAGUCAGCACACCUGAACAACCAACACAAUCCGUCCAAGAUGCCUCCAUGCAAUCCACAUCAGUAGUCCAAACUGAUCAACUCGUUGACUCAACUCAACAUCAAGAUACAAAUGGUCUUGAACAAUGUGAAGCUGGCUUGUCAGUUCAGACUGCAGCUUAUCAGUUGCUAGCUAUAGGGCAAGAUGGCGCUGAGCAAGAGCAAAUGAGCGACCAGUUAUUAUCAGUCGAUCAAGGUGAAACCAUGGAAGUUGAUCACAGUGAAAAUUAUCAGUUUGUAGCAGCAGAUGAAAGUGGAACAGACCAACCAGCAAGCUUGCAAAUUGUUCCUGAUCCGAUGAUUGCAGCGGAUCACACUGAAACUGAUCUGUCUGUUGAACCAUGUCACACAGCAAAAGGGUUAGCAGAAGAAGGUGGAACUGGUCAGUUGGUUUCAGGGGAUCCAAAUGAAUAUAUUCGAUCCAUGGCAGUUGAUCAAAGUGUAAAUGAAGAGUUGGUGUCAGCGAAUCAAGGAGAAACCGAUCAAGUUAUGGAAGUCGAUAAGAGUGACACAGAUCAGACUGUAGCUACAAAUCAAAAUGAAGCCUACCAGUCAGAAGCUGCUGAACACACUGUGGAAACUGUUCAAUCUAUAGUAGAACUUCAAGUUGAAAAUGAAACCGCUCCGUUAGUAUCAUUGGCUGGUAUUGAAUCUGGUCAACUUGUAGAUAUUGAUCCCUCUGGAAAGGAUGAGAAUGCAACACAUGAAGCACAUCAGAGUGGUACUGAUGAGAUCAUUGCAGUUGGUCAAGUUGAAUUUGAUCAUUCUGUUGCAGAAAGUGAGGCUAGUCAGACAGAAGCAGGUUUAGCAAAUGAAACUCAAAUGGGUCAGUUAGUAUCAGAGGUUAAAAUUGUGUCUGAACAGCUGAUUGUUGUUGACUAUGUAAUUGAUCCGUCUGUAACAGCAGAUCAUGGUGUCGCUGAUCAGUUAGUUGCAGUUGAACAAGUUGAAACUGAUAAUUCUAUGAUUGAGAGUCAACAUGAAACUGUUCUGACAGAAGCAGGGUUAGCAGAUGAAGUUAGAACUGGUCACUCAAUAUCAGAGGAUCAAAACGCAUCUGAUCAACUCAUGGUAGUUGACUCUGGAAUUGAUCAGUCUGUGACAGACAAUCAAAGUGUAACUGAUGACGUAGUGGCACAUGUUAGAGCUGAAACGGAUAUUUCUGUAGUUGAGGGUCAAAAGACCAGUCAGAUAGAAGCAGGGUUAGCCAACAAAGCUGAAACUGGUGAGGUUGUGUCAGAGGAGCAAAAUGGAUCUGAUCAGCUCAUGAUAGUUGAUUCUGAGAUUGAUCAGACUGUAACAGCAGAUCAAAGUAUAGCUGAUCAGUUAGUGAAUGUUGGUCAAGUUGAAACUGAUCAUUCUGUAGUUGAGGGUCAAAGUGAGGCUGGUCAGACAGAAGCAUGGUUAGCAAAUGAAGUUGAAACUGGUCAGUUGUUAUCAGAGGAUCAGCUCAUGGUAGUUGACUCUGGUAUUGAUCUGACUGUAACAGCAGAUCAAAGUGUAGCUGAUCAGUUAGUGAAUGUUGGUCAAAUUGAAACUGAUCAUUCUGUAGUAGAGGGUCAAAGUGAGGCUGGUCAGACAGAAGCAGGGUUAGGAAAUGUUGAAACCAGUCAAUUGGAAUCAGAUGAUCAGCUCAUGGUAGUUGACUCUGGAAAUGAUCAGUCUGUUGGACCAAAUCAUGGCGGAAGUGUUCAGUCAAUAAUGGGAGAUCAAAGUGUACCUGAUCAAUUUGUGGUAGUGAGUCAAGUUGAGACUGACCAGUCUAUAACAGAUGGGCAGAAUGAUUCUGGUGGGACUGAAACUGAAUUGGCAAGUGAAGAAAGAAGUGGUCAGUUAGUAGGUGAUCAGCUUAUGGUAGUUGACUCUGGAAAUUAUCAAUCUGAAGAUCAUGGUGAAACAGGUCAAUCGGUAAUGGAUCAAACUGAUCAGUUUGUGGCACAAGUUGCAGCUCAACCUGUAGUUGAAGGUCAAAGUGGAGAUGAUCGUUCAGUGACAGGUGUAGUAGAUCUAAACAGAACUAGUCAGAUUGUAUCAACGGAACAAAGUGGAACCGAUCGGCUCAUGGCAGAUGAAGUACAGUCUGUGGUAGGGACUCAGGAUGGAAUUAUUCCAGGCUUGUCUGAUCAAUUUGUGCCAUUUGGUCAAAGUGAAACUGAUCAGAUAGUACCAGGGAAUUCAGAAAGUGGAACCGAUCAUUCACAAUCAGUAGAUCAGGUUGGCCCUGACCAGCUUGAAGUUGCUGUAAAUUGUGGCACAGACCAGCUGGAUUCAGUACCCCCAGAUGGAUCAGACCAUCAAUCCGCAGAGCCACAAGCUCAGCCUGAUCAGCCUUCUGCAAUAAUUCUUAACCAUUCCAUGUCUGUUUCACCUGUGGACAUCACUGAUCAUCCCACAGCAGCACAAUCUGAAGAAAAGGACCAAUCCACAGCAAAGGCUCAGGAAAGCACAGACAAAGACACUGGACCUGAACAAAAAGUUCUUACCCUCUAUAAUACUUCUGCUCGGGAGAAGCUACUCAAAGAACUUUGUGACGUGCAGUACUUUACCAUUGUGGCUGAGGAAGAGUUGAAAAUUGAUGGACAACCUUACAUCCCUGUUGGAAUACACUACCUUAACAAACAAGAUGUUCAAUGUGAGAAUAUAUUAGCCUUUAUCCCUCUCGCCACAGACAUCGCUUUAUUUGUGGAUAUUCUGACGACUGCCCUCUCACAGAAGUGGGGUUUAAACUUGGCAUUCUGUAGGGGUCAGGUCUUGGCAAGACCAGGGGCCUCCGUCUCUCAAAUGAGACAAGCUUCAUCUUUGCUUUCCCAGAGACUUCCUCAUGCUUUGAGUUUCUUGAGCCCAUUAACUCCCAUGUCUUUGCUAGCCAGUUUGUCCUCUCUAAGAGUGGUCAAACACAGUUUUAAAUGCUUUGAGCAGCUGUUAAAGUGGUUCUCUGAGGAUGAUCAGCGACAAGUAAGGCUUCACGAUGCUGUUGUACAUUUAUUCCAGACAGACGAAAGUAAAGCCAGUGAGCUGAAAUCCAAGCUUGGCAGCAGUCAAUGGGCAAUGAGCCAUGAGAUUCUGGAUCUUACUGUUGACAUUUUAGAAGCUGUAUUUUAUUGUUUAAAUGAGAUGAGAGAAAAUGGCACUGAGGUCAACGCAGCACAGGCUCAGAGCUUCCUUUCUGUCAUCCAGAACUUCGAUUUCGUACUUACAGUUGUGAUUAUGAGAAACAUCCUGAGCCUCACCAAAAACCUAAACCAGAGUCUUCAGGGAAAUUCCUGUGAUGUGUAUCAAGCUGUAAGCAGCCUGUCUGAUGUUCUGUCCCCUCUCAGUGAAAUGAAAAGCUGUAUUGAAUCACACCAUCAAACCUGGUUUCAAGAGGCAGUUGCAUUAGCUUCUAAGCUCCAGGUCAUAGUUCAGCAUCCUUCACUACAACCUCCCUCAAAUGUGCACUACAGAGAGGACAUCAGUAGAGAGGCCAUUGAGUACUGCAUUGCAGAAGCAGAAGGGCUCUCCCAGGAUGUUUUGUCUGCUCUUCACUGCUUGCAGGUUGUGCCUUAUGUCAUGUCCAAAGUGGAGGGAUGCUGCAAGGACAUUGAGUUAGUCAGAGUGUUUCAGGAUGACCUGCCUGACCCAAACUCCUUCCAGGAUGAGCUCCAGAGGUGGAAGGAUAGGUGGCAUGGCUCCAUCGCGGCUCACCAGCACCUACCUGAUACUGUUCUUGGCACUCUCCAAACCUCUGACAUCCAGUCUUUUCCCAACAUUUUAACUAUUCUUAGGCUCCUGGCAGCCCUGCCGUGGUCCAGCGUGCAGAGUAGCUUUAGACAGGGGUACAUGAGUUCUGAGUUUUAUCCUUUGUAGGCGACUGGGCUUAGCUGAUCCCAAACAAGCCCUCCCAUUAGGAUGUCAUAUACUGCUGAAUCUUCAGAAUGGCCCACUUUAUUCUAAACUGUAGAUCGCGUCAGACUGUAGGUUUCAGUAUGCUUUUUUAUUAGACACAUGAAUUAGACAUGUACACUUUAAUUAUAUUCACAUUGUGGUUUUAUUGAUGUUUUGUCUUUUUGUUUUCUUCCAUUUACGUAUGUGGCAUGGAAAAAGAGUACUGAAAAUUGGGACCAAUGUCUUGCCAAAAAAAAAGGAUGCCCUUAGGGGGGGCUUUACUGCUUUGUGCCUUUAUGCAAAACCCAUGACUUUUCAAAUCAUCGGACUAAAAGCCUGCACAGCAGACUUUGGAAAUUUCCUUAUAUCUUCAGGAACCUUAAAGGACUUUAAAUCAUUUAAGUCCUCAGAGAUAAUUUGAGAAGCUGUUUUAUCACAUUAAAUCACGACUGUGAUGUUUAAUUGUCAAAUUGUCAUCCCAUAGCACAAACUAAAAUGCUCUGUCCCUGUAUCAUUAUGCGUGUUACAAUGGUUGAUUUGUUUGCAGUUUUAUUUAGAUGAAUUACAUUUUUCUGUAAACAUUUCUCCCAGAAGCCCUCCUCAUGAAGGAUGCAUACAUAUAUAUUUGACUAAAAUAAAUGAAUAAAAUCAUUAAAAAGAA